AUGAAAAAUGGUUGUAUGAAAAUCAUUUUUUAUUCAUCGCAAUCACGAUGCCAAAAUUUCCUCGAUGAUCUCAAUAAUGAAGAUUUCAAUUGCGUUCUAGAAUUCAUAUACGAUGUUAAAAAACAAAACGCACUAGAAAUUCCUACACAUUCUGAAAAAACCCUUAUUGAGCUUAUCCAAAGCUUAAGCGUUGAAGAAAAAAAAAAUGCAAUCAAGUUGUUAGAAAAUAUGAGAUACCCAAAAGGAAAAAAUCGAGGAAAAAUCAUAUCACCGUAUUUACAACAGCAAUUGGUUGACGUAAUUUCCAAUUCUCUUUAUCGGCCACAAUCGAGUUACGCUGCCUUGCAAAAGGAAUUAGUUGACUUUGGUGUGCAAAAUGCAUUAAUAAAAUUCGAUCAAAUCUUUAGUACUAGUUAG